GAUUUUAAAUGUCGCGCGGCUAAAAUCAAAAAGUGAAAUAACAAGCAAGUUAUUGCAGCUCUUUACGGUGGAUUUGCAACCUUUCUCUAUAGUUGAGGACAAAGGUUUUCGGGAAUUUGUAACAGCCCUAAAUCCAUCUUAUGACAUUCCUAGCAGACAUGUGAUUUCAAAAUCAAUGAUUCCUGCAUUGUAUGAGGAAUGUAAACAUAAGGUGCGAGAAAUGAUUAGGAGCGGGGAAAAGUUUUGCAUUACCACUGAUUGUUGGACAUCGCGGAACACGUCUAGUUCCUUUGCUGUAACGGCACAUUAUGUCUCCGAAAAUUUUGAACUAACGUCAGUGCUUUUAUCGUCAUCCCAACUGAGGCAAAAUCAUACAGCUGAAAACGUAAGUGAGGCGAUACAACAAAUCGUAAGUGACUGGAAAAUUAACGAAAAAAUAUUGCUAGCUGUGUCGGACAAUGCUAGUAACAUAAAAAGUGCAAUAAUUAAUAAGUUAGGUUGGAAGCAUUUUGGAUGUAUGGCUCACACAAUUAAUUUAAUUGUAAAAGAAGGAUUACGCAUUCCUGAAGUAGAACAAGUAACUGAUAAAGUUAAAAUAAUAGUUGCUCACUUCAAGAAAAGUACUUCAGCGAAUGAAGCAUUUAAAAAUUACCAGCGCAACAGCGGUAAAGAACCUCUAGAAUUAAUUCAACAAGUUGAAACGAGGUGGAACUCCACACUGGCAAUGUUGGAGCGAUUUUCGGAGUUGGAGGAAGCGGUGAAAUGUACUUUGGUAAUUAUAAAUAAAAAUUUACCUAUAUUAACCAGCGACGAGUGAGCGACUGUUGCUGCUUUGUGCAAAAUUUGUAAACCAUUUCGAGAUGCCACAGUAAGCAUUAGUGGUGAAACAUAUUGCACAGGUUCGCUGGUAAUACCAAU